AUGGGUGCCCAUUUUUCUAGCACUAUAACUCAGUUCUUCCCUCCAAAACCGGGGUUUACUGAGAAAAAUAUAUCCGAUCUUCAUGGCAAGGUUUAUAUCGUUACCGGCUCAAACACGGGCGUAGGUAAAGAGACCGCCAGGAUUCUUUACUCUAAGAAUGCGAAAGUAUACAUUGCCGCACGUUCUCAAGAAAAGGCCGAAAAUGCAAUUGACGAAAUCAGUAAAGCCUUCCCGAAUUCGAAAGGAGGCCUAAGCUUCCUGAAGUUAGACCUUAGCGACUUAACUACGAUAAAAGCGUCAGCCGACGAGUUUCUCUCGAAGGAAAAGAAACUUGAUGUCCUGUUUAACAAUGCUGGUGUUCAGAACCCGCUCCCAGAACCGAGCAAGACCCCUCAGGGUUAUGAAUAUCAUCUUGGUGUGAACAGCAUCGGAACAUACGCGUUUACAAAGCUUUUGACACCGAUUCUCGUCUCGACAGCCAAGACUGAGGGAACAUCUCGCGUAAUCUGGGUAUCGUCUUUGGCAACAGACAUGACUGGUUUAAAGUCCGUUGGUAUCGAUAUGAGCAAUUUAGACUAUCACGAUGACAAAUCAUACCUUAUAAAAUAUGGUCUCAGCAAGACCGGUAACUGGUUGCACGGCGUCGAGUUCGCCAAGCGAUAUAAGGCCGACGGUGUCAUUAGCAUUCCGUUAAACCCUGGGAAUCUAGCUUCGGAUUUGUACCGUGACCAAUCAGGCUUUAUGAGUAUUUUCACAGCGCUCAUAACAUACCCCUCUAUUAAUGGCGCCUAUACUCUCCUGUAUGCCGGGCUUUCUCCCGACAUUACCAUUGAGAAAACCGGAAGUUGGGUGAUCCCGUGGGGGCGAGUUCGCUUGGUUCGAAAGGACUUGAUAGAGGCGACCAAGACUGAAGAAGAGGGUGGAAAUGACACGGCCAAGAAAUUCUGGGACUGGACUGACGAGCAGGUUAAUAAGUAUAUUGAGUGA